UCCCGUGGAAAAGGACGUUCGCUUCCCCGCUCCUUUUUCUGCGGCUUCUCUCUCUCUCUCUCUUGUUCGUCUCUCUGAUCGAAGCAGCAAUGGAGGCGAGGGUCGACUCGUCGGCGUCUAAGAACCGGUUAGCUGUCAUCUCCUCCCACUUCCUUGUCCCUUCUCCGGCCGUCUUGGAGCUUUCGCGUGUUUCCGCUUCAGAGGUCGCUGACCUGCCGGCGAACCUCCGAGGGUCCCUGACGAUUGUCGACAACCGGACAGGGAAAAAGAUCGACGUCGAGGUCUCAGAAGAAGGCACGAUCAAGGCGACCGACUUGAAGAAGUUGACGACCGGACGCAAGCAUGACAAGGGGAUCAAGCUGUACGAUCCUGGCUAUCUCAACACGGCGCCGGUGCGAUCUUCUAUUUCUUACAUAGACGGAGACGCUGGAAUUCUCAGGUACAGAGGUUACCCGAUCGAGGAAUUGGCUGAGAGCAGCACUUUCCCGGAGGUCGCAUAUCUUCUGAUGUACGGUAGCUUGCCUUCGCAGAGUCAGUUGGCGGAGUGGGAAUUUGUGCUCGCUCAACAUUCAGUUGUUCCUCAGGGCAUCCUGGACAUUAUACAUGCAAUGCCUCACGAUUCCCAUCCAAUGGGGAUGCUUGUGAGUGCAAUGGGUGCACUCUCCAUCUUCCACCCCGACGCUAACCCUGCUCUUAGAGGUCAAGAUAUCUAUAAAUCCAGGCAAGUAAGAGACAAACAGAUAGCUCGUGUACUUGGGAAGGCACCUACAAUUGCAGCGGCAGCAUAUUUGAGGACUGCUGGACGACCUCCAGUCAUUCCUUCCAGCAAUCUGUCUUAUACAGAGAACUUCUUAUAUAUGUUGGAUUCCCUUGGCAAUAGAUCCUACAGGCCAAACCCUCGACUUGCUCGAGUUCUCGAUGUUCUAUUCAUCCUCCAUGCUGAGCAUGAGAUGAACUGCUCAACAGCUGCUGCAAGGCAUCUUGCGUCGAGUGGAGUGGAUGUCUACACUGCUCUUGCAGGGGCUGUUGGUGCACUUUACGGCCCACUUCAUGGUGGAGCAAAUGAGGCUGUUUUGAAAAUGUUGAACGAGAUAGGAACAGUUGAUAAUAUCCCUGAGUUCAUUGAGGGGGUGAAAAACAGGAAGAGGAAGAUGUCUGGCUUUGGUCAUCGUGUAUACAAGAACUAUGAUCCUCGAGCAAAAGUUAUACGCAAAUUAGCUGAGGAAGUUUUCACAAUUGUAGGGCGAGAUCCUCUUAUAGAGGUAGCUGUUGCAUUGGAGAAAGCUGCUCUUUCGGAUGAAUAUUUUGUCAAAAGGCGGCUGUAUCCAAAUGUUGAUUUCUACUCAGGCUUAAUCUAUAGAGCAAUGGGGUUCCCGACAGAAUUCUUUCCUGUCCUUUUUGCUAUACCACGCAUGGCUGGGUACCUGGCACACUGGCGAGAAUCACUUGAUGAUCCUGAUACAAAGAUCAUAAGACCACAGCAGGUAUACACAGGUGUCUGGCUUCGGCACUAUGCACCUGUUAGGGAAAGAUCAGAAUCAGAGGAAAUGGACAAGCUGGGACAAUUACUGGUUUCAAAUGCCACAAGGCGACGGCUUGCAGGAUCCAGAGCAUCAAUGUAAUCUUGCUUAACUCAUUCCAAGUGCAUUUGCUUGUUGUUUAUAGUUUAUACACAAUGCAAGCUGAAGCUUCCACCCUAGCAUGGUGAAGUGUUAUAAAUAAGCUUGACAUGGUCGUGUGCGAAGAUACUUUUCUAAGUUGAGAACAGUGGCAUGGUAUUCCUGUUGAAGCAGAAUCCCUGCCUAGAGACCAUCCUCAGUCGGGCCUUGUGAUGAGAACUUGUCUAUAAAUGAAAUAUCUUUCCUUGCUUUUGCUUUUCUA